AUGCUCAGUCCACUGCUAAGGAAGAAAGGGGAAAAUGUCUCUAGCGAGCUUUUUACCGGCGCCGACCCAGCUGUCUCAGGACCAGCUAGAGGCAGAGGAGAGGCUCCGGGCCCAGAAGUCCUACUCCACUGCCCUGGUCUCGUCCCGCAGAGAGCCCCCUCCUUAUGGACACAGAAAAGGCUGGGUGCCUCGUUCACUUGAGGACUUUGGAGAUGGAGGUUCUUUCCCAGAGAUCCACGUUGCCCAGUUUCCUCUGGAGAUGGGUAGGAAGAAGAAGACAUCCAAUGCCCUUGCGGUGCAGGUGGAUGCAGAAGGAAAGAUCAAAUAUGACGCCAUCGCCAGACAAGGACAGGGCAAGGAUAAGGUGGUCUUCAGCAAGUACACAGACCUUCUUCCAAAGGAAGUUCUGCAUGAGGAUACUCCAGAACUGCAGAAGCCUGAUGAGGAGGCUGUAAAAGAGCUCACAGAGAAGACCCGCAUGGCCCUGGACAAGCAGGUGUCUCAAAAGAUUGCUGCUGCCAUGCCUGUAAGAGCUGCAGACAAACAGGCCCCUGCACAGUACAUCAGAUACACCCCAUCCCAGCAGGGAGUGGCUUUCAACUCGGGGGCCAAACAGAGGGUGAUCCGCAUGGUGGAAAUGCAGAAAGAUCCAAUGGAACCUCCACGUUUCAAGAUCAACAAGAAGAUUCCCAGAGGACCUCCUUCCCCUCCUGCCCCUGUCAUGCACUCCCCAAGCAGAAAGAUGACAGUCAAGGAGCAGCAGGAGUGGAAGAUUCCUCCAUGUAUCUCCAACUGGAAAAACGCUAAGGGCUACACCAUUCCUCUUGACAAACGUCUGGCUGCUGAUGGCAGGGGGCUGCAAACCGUUCACAUCAACGAGAACUUUGCUAAGCUGGCUGAGGCGCUUUACAUCGCCGAUAGAAAGGCCAGAGAGGCAGUGGAGAUGAGAGCCCAGGUGGAAAAGAAGAUGGCCCAGAAGGAGAAGGAAAAGAAGGAGGAGAAACUGAGGGAGUUGGCCCAAAUGGCUCGAGACCGCAGGGCGGGGAUCAAAAGUCACGGGGACAAAGCAGGUGGCGAGGACAGCGAGGUUAGGGAGCGUGACGAGAUCCGCCACGACAGAAGGAAAGAGAGACAGCACGACAGGAACAUUUCCAGGGCUGCUCCUGAUAAGAGGUCAAAGCUGCAGAGAGACCAGGACAGGGACAUCAGCGAGCUCAUCGCUCUGGGCGUGCCUAACCCUCGCUCUGCCAGCGAGGCUCAGUACGACCAGCGGCUCUUCAACCAGAGCAAGGGUAUGGACAGUGGUUUUGCCGGCGGCGAGGACGAGUCUUAUAACGUGUACGACCAGCCGUUCCGCGGCGGCAGAGAUAUGGCUUCCAACAUCUACCGGCCCAGCAAGAACAUAGACAAGGACGCUUACACAGACGACUUCGACUCACUCAUGAACAACAACAGGUUUGUUCCAGACAAAGAGUUCUCCGGUGCCGACCACGCCCAGAGGCGGGAGGGCCCUGUCCAGUUUGAGGAGGAUCCCUUCGGUCUGGACAAGUUCUUGGAGGAGGCCAAGCAUCACGGCGGCUCCAAGAGGCCGUCCAACAGCAGCCGUUCGAAGGACGACUACCACGACAAGAAGCGCAGGAAGGAGUGAGCGCGCUCCGCGUUGGGAAGCUGCUAGCAGGAUCGAGGUUCGGGAGGUCGUCGGCAUCCUCUCAAAGGCUGAGAGGUGUUUUAAUAUACUCGAGUCUAUCAGGAUGAUCUGUCACAUUUUAGUUUUAUUUCAGUGUGAAAGAGAAGGAAAGAUCCUCCAUUUUCCCCCUCAUUCUUUGCCCCAUUCAGAAAAUGCUGUCAUGCUUAAUUUGACUUGAGUCAACACGUAGCGUCAAGUGCAAGUGAAGCUCAUUUAAAUAUGGAUGUUAUAUUUUGAGAUGGAAAUGUGUCCUCCUUUUUUUUUUUACAUCUGUGUAUUCAGUUACUCCAACAGAACAUGUUCAUGUUAUCCUUUUCCAAUGUUCCCCUACAUUCCCCCCCUUUUUUUGUCAGUUGUGUUUUGUUUUUUUGAUGGCAGAUAUGUACAGCAGUAUAAACUUAUCUGUAAGGUGUGAAGCAAAACCAGCUUUAUAAUUCUUGUAAAUUAAUACCAAUGGAAUAAAUUUCUUAUAGUGUG